AUGGAAGGGAAAGAAAGCAACGAUAAAUUUCAGCUACAUAACCUGUUCAAUGUCAAAAAUAAAGUGGCACUCAUCACCGGGGGAGGAUCGGGUAUUGGCCUUAUGGCAGCCCAGGCAUUAGCCGUGAAUGGCGCAAAGGUGUAUAUCACAGGUCGAACACAGGAAAAGCUUGAGAGAGUCAGCGAGCUCUACAAUCAAAAUAUCCCUGGUCAGCUAAUACCUAUUACUGCCGAUGUAACCGAUAAAGACUCGAUCGAUAAGUUGGUUCAAGAAGUCAGCUCCCGCGAGAAAUUCCUCUCUAUCUUGAUCAACAAUGCUGGAAUCUCCACUGGUCAUCAAGACACCGAGUGUCAGAGUCCCGAAAAGUUACGCCAAUCUCUAUUCGAACAUCCAUCGCGUGAUUUUGGUGACUGGGACAAAACUUUCCGCACAAAUGUCUCGCAGCUUUAUUUCAUGACAUCGGCUUUUCUUCCGCUGCUUGAGAAGGGCUCCGAAAAGGAGCACGGUUGGACUAGCACUGUGAUAAACAUCACUUCGAUCUCGGGCAUUAUAAAGGUCUCCCAGCACCAUUUCGCAUAUAACGCUUCCAAGGCUGCCGCAAUCCAUUUGACCAAAAUGCUAGCACACGAAACCAUGACAUCAAAUUUACGGAUUCGCGUCAAUAAUAUUGCGCCCGGAGUGUUUCCGAGUGAAAUGACAGCAGGCGAGAGCGAUAAGAACCAGAAAAGCUUCAUUCCAAAGGAGAAUUACGAGCAGAAGAUUCCUGCAGGAAGGCCGGGCAAAGAUGAAGAAAUGGCGAGCGUCGUGCUUUUUGCAGCUACUAAUCAAUACCUAAGCGGACAGACAAUUGCAGUGGAUGGUGGUUAUAUCCUAGCAGCCGGAUCUUUGUAA